UGCGCGUUUCUAAUGACAACUUGCAACGCUGUUUCCGUGUGUUUUCACUGCACAGAAGUUUCAGAAAUCAACGUUUCAGCCAACUUGUUGGGAUAACAAUCCGAAAUAAAGAUGCCGCCGAAGGCAAUUGGAAAAGGGAAGCAGGCUGGAGGAGCAAGUGACAUUUCCCGUCGGAGAACGACGCGGAUGAGAGGGGAUGGAGACGACAUGACAGACAUGGGUGAGGGUACAGAUGCUGAGGACUGGAUGCAUUCCAAAGCUCUUGUCAAACCAGAUGAUCAGCUGGACCUCUCUGAGAAUCAAUUGAAAGAAGAGUUCACAAGAAUUCUGACAGCAAACAAUCCCCAUGCUCCACAGAACAUUGUGCGCUACAGUUUCAAGGAACGUCAGUACAAACAAAUCUCCAGUGUUGACCAGUUGGCCAUUCACUUUGCUCUGGAUGGAAACAUGCUUCAUAAAGACUCGGACGAGGCAAGGAGACAGAUGGCAAAGCUUGGAAUGCCUGAUGGAGAAGCCACAGGAUUAAGUCUGGUGUCUCAAGCAGUCCAAAGUGAACAUGCUGGUAGUGAAGGUGGCGAGGGGGCCGGAGCUGGGGCUGCCGAGGGUGAUGAGGCUAAAGAGGAGGGAAAGGAUGAAGGCCGUGAUGAUGCUGCCACCCCUGCACCAGCUGCAGCAGCUGGGGGUAAAAAACUCACCAACCAGUUCAACUAUAGUGAGAGGGCUUCUCAGACCUACAACAACCCCUACCGGGAGCGAGGCACAGCCACCGAACCUCCCCCACGGGCCACCUUUGCUGGUAGUGUCACCCAGUGGGAAAUCUUUGAUGCUUAUAAUGAGGACUUCGAGAAACAGUACCAGGCCAUGAAGGCUAAACAGAUCCAAAAGACACCCUCUAUCUACCUACACCACCAUCAGCUGAUACAAGAGAAAAACAAGGAAAAGAAGGUGGUACCAGGCCGACAGGCUGAGGAGAAAACGAGAAAGAAGCUUACCAUCACAGAAACACAGUCUAAAUUCUACAAUAUGAGUGACGAUGUGACCAGAAUUCAAAACGCAGCACAGAUUGUAGAGAGGAUGGUGAACCAGAACACAUAUGACGAUAUAGCACAAGAUUUUAAGUACUGGGACGACCCGUCAGAUGAGUACCGUGAAAAUGAGGGUACCCUAUUGCCCCUUUGGAGAUUUACCUUCGAAAAAGCCAAGAAAUUGGCUGUUACAUCACUUUGUUGGAAUCCUAAGUACAAGGACCUUUAUGCAGUAUCGUUCGGCUCUUAUGACUUUAUGAAACAAGGAAACGGCAUGAUUUUGUUUUACUCCCUAAAGAACCCCUCCUUCCCCGAAUUUAUCUACGAGACAGACAGCGGCUUGAUGUGUUUAGACGUACACCCAGAACAUCCGUACCUGGUGGUCGUGGGUUACUAUGAUGGCAGUGUCGGAGUAUUUAAUGUUGAAUGUAAGGAACCGGUGCACAGGUGUACGGCAAAGAAUGGCAAGCACACAGACCCCGUCUGGCAGGUUCGCUGGCAGAAGGAUGAUUUGGAGAACAACCACAAUUUCUACUCUAUAUCCUCUGAUGGCCGAAUUGUACAGUGGACUAUCAUCAAGAAUGAGCUGAUCUACCAAGACGUGAUCCAGCUGACAUUACCUGAGGCACCAGCUGAGGGUCCCGAUGGUACAAAGGUCAGCACUGUCGGUUGUGGUACAGCGUUUGACUUCCACAAGAAGAAUGACUAUAUGUUCCUGGUGGGUACGGAGGAAGGUAAAAUCCACACCUGUUCCAAGGCCUACAGCAGCCAGUUCCUGGACACCAACCUUGCCCAUAAUAUGGCAGUGUACCAGGUGCGCUGGAACCCAUGGCACCCAGACAUCUACAUUACUUGCAGUGCUGACUGGACUGUAAAGAUCUGGGAAGUUAGCAACAAGACCACCGUAGACACCAACUCAGAAAACACUGAGAAUAUCUCUUCCAGGAAAGCUCUGUUCACCUUUGACCUCAACAACUCAGUUGGGGAUGUGGCCUGGGCUCCAUACUCCUCAACAGUCUUUGCUGCUGUAACAGCUGAUGGAAAGGUGUUUGUAUAUGACCUUAACAUAAACAAGUACGAGCCCCUAUGUGAACAGAUGGUAGCUGUGAAAAAGAAGACCAAGCUCACUCAUAUAGAGUUCAACCCUGUUUAUCCCAUUAUAAUUGUUGGUGAUGAUAGGGGUAAUGUUACAAGUUUGAAAUUGUCCCCAAAUCUCAAGAAGAUGCCAAAGGAGAAGAAGGGCCAGCCUGCUAUGGACCCAGCCCAGAGGGAAGCCUUGGAGAUCGCCAAGCUAGACAAACUGCUGAACAUGGUCCGGGAACCUACAGAGGGAUCUAAGGCACCAGUAGCCACCGAGAAGAAAUAGACCUGUAAGGAAAUAGACAUGAGAAAAUUAUUCUUGUGACUAACGCGGGAGCAACAACAAAAUAAAACAACAAUACUCCGUGUAAUAGAAAAGAAAAUAACAACAAUGACCGACAAUUGUCAAGAACAAUGUGUCUUAACAAACACUAACCGUGUCACAAAACUAGGAUUUAUGCAAAAAGAUUGGAAGAUUGGAGAAGGACUAGAGAGAUGUAGACAUUCGUAACGGACAGCAUUUAGAGAACAAACAAGUGCUUUGAAUUUGUUUAAUUUAUUGAAGGUUUACUACUUGCUGAAGAAGAAAACAACUUCUAGACCGCCAAAUGAGGAUAUGCUAUAGCAUGUAUUGUGCAUGCGACAUUUUGUUAUAUUUUGCUGAUUUAAGAAUGCCAUUUUCAAGAUUAUUGCUGUCAUAUCAUAUACUAUCGUUUUGUAUAAAAACGGCCGAAUUGAACUGUAUGUGUAAUGUUAUUCCGCGAGUACUGCUGGUACUUGCGUUUACUGUUAGCCCUAUUAAGAUGAUAUUUGUUUCAUUUGGUCUGGGAGUGUAUGAUAUUGUGUGAAAGGAAUAUGUGUGUUUAUACAUGGACAUGAAAAGAUAUAUUUCUUGAGAAUUUCACUUUUUACUUGUAUAUUGAUCUAUCAAUGUCAUGAUUAUGAUUUAACCAAAUUCCAUAUUUAUAUAUGAAUAAAAUAGAAUUUUCAUGAA